GCGUCUAGUUCGGCGGACAUUUUAAUAAAUAUAUAUAUAUCUCAUAUUUAAAUGUUCAUAAUUUCUUAAAGUAUUUUCUGUUAAUUUGAUAAUAAUGAAAUUGUUUGUGCUAUUGCUGUGUAUUUUGGCUGCGGAUAACACAAAAGCGCGUUACGCGCGUUGCAUCAAUCCCAAUCAGCGUGCCGGCCUUUGUGUGCAGAUAAAUGAGUGCCAGACUUUGUAUUCGGUGCUGCAGCAGUCGACUCUGUCGGCCACGGAGAAGCAGUUCAUCAGGGAGUCAAGCUGCGGCAUAGGUCAGGAUAAUCGUCCAUUUGUCUGCUGCACUGGUGAUACGGGCUAUACGCGCAGUCGCCGUGUGACGCCCAACUUUGCCGACUAUGCGGACUUCAGUGAUCUCAGCGAGGGCUACGAUUUCGGUUGGAAUCGUGCGCCCAAUACGCCAGCGCCCACUACACAGCUCUUUCCCAGCGAUCGUCGGCCCUGGAGCUUUGGCGAGGAGCAGAGCGCCGACAGCAGCACGCGAGGUCAGGGUCGGCGCCAGCCACAGCAGGUGGAUGGCUCAGGUUUGCUGCCACAGCCGCCUGCAUGCGGCGGCGUCACCAUUGACAACAAGAUCUACGGCGGCGAGGAUGCUGAUCUCAACGAAUUCCCCUGGAUGGUGCUGCUCGAGUACAGACGCCUUGCCGGCAACGGACUCUCGACGAGCUGUGCGGGCACCUUAAUAAAUCAGCGCUAUGUGCUAACUGCGGCCCACUGUCUAGUCGGAAGAAUCGUGCGUGAAAUUGGACCACUUGCCUCGGCGCGUCUGGGCGAGCACGAUACGCGCACUGCAGUCGAUUGUCCCGUUGGCGGCGGCGCCUGUGCGCCGGCCACACAACGCUUGGCUGUUGAGGAGACGCGCGUCCAUGAGCUGUACAAGGAGAAGACGCCGAAUCAGCUGCACGACAUCGGCCUGGUGCGGCUGGAGCGGAAUGUGCGCUACUCAAACAACAUACAGCCAGCCUGCCUGCCCUCGGUGGUGGCGCCGGAAACGAAGCGUGCCGGACAACAGUAUACGGUGGUCGGCUACGGCCGGACACUGCAAACAGCACGCAGUCCUAUCAAGCAGAAGCUUGCCGUUAGCUUUGUGGAGCCGGCGCAGUGUAAACGCAAAUUUUCGGAGCGUAAGAUCAGCAUAAUGCCCACCCAGAUGUGUGCGGGCGGGAAAUAUGCACAGGAUAGCUGUGACGGUGACUCCGGCGGACCGCUGUUGCGUUUCCGUGACAAUGCCUGGGUGCUGGAGGGCAUUGUCUCAUUUGGCUACAAGUGCGGCCUGAAGGACUGGCCGGGCGUCUACACUAGCGUCGCGGCCUACGACAUCUGGAUUAAGCAGAACGUGAGAGCCUACCUCGCAUUGUUUGGACUUGGACUCGGCCGAUCGCUGAUGUACCCUUACCCAAACAACGGCGCAUUGUGGGUGGCCAGCGCACUGCUCGCCCUUGCCCUGCGCUUCACAGCCGUCGAAGCCGAGCUUCAACCUCAGCCGGCGCAACAGGCCUGCGAUAUACCAAACGAGACAAAGCGCGGCGUUUGCGUGCAGGUGAGCCAAUGCGCCGCCUAUUUGCAGGUGCGCAAUGUGACCAAUUUGAGCUCCGAGCGCGUCAACUUUCUGAAGAAGGUGCAGUGCGACAUGGAGACAACAGCAAAUGCAACUGCAGCAACAACACCAACAGCAGCAGAAAAUAUAACUGAAGCUGCGACGGCAACUGUUGCUGCUGCUGCGGCAGACGAUGCUGCCUACAAGUCGCUUGUAUGUUGCCCAGCCAAUGGCCAGGACUAUCUGUAUCCGGUUAUUCAAUUCACCAAGUUUGAGCAUCGUCGCUUUCUGGAUGUCACCGCGCGCUUCAAGCGGAAGAAGCUAAAGAGACGCAUUCAAACCGUGGAGCCCAGCACGGGCUUCAAUUUGCUCAACGAGUGUGGCAAGCAGGUCACGAAUCGCAUCUAUGGAGGAGAAAUUGCAGAGCUUGACGAAUAUCCUUGGCUGGCCUUGCUGGUCUAUCAUUCAAACGACUACGGUUGCAGUGGAGCUCUGAUUGACGAUCGGCAUGUUCUGACAGCUGCUCACUGCGUUCAGGGCGAGGGCGUGCGGGAACGUCGCGGCUUGAAACACGUGCGUUUAGGUGAGUUUAACGUCAAGACGGAGCCGGACUGCAUUGAAGAGCCCAACUACUUGAGCUGUGCGGAUGCGGCACUGGAUAUUGCAUAUGAGCAUAUCCAUGUGCAUCCGGAGUACAAGGAGUACUCGAGUCACAAGUAUAAUGAUAUAGCCAUAAUACGGCUGAAGCAUCCGGUUAGCUUCACGCACUUCAUCAUGCCCAUCUGCCUGCCCAACAAGACCGUCCAGACACCGCUGACCGAAGGACAAAUGUUCUCCGUCUCCGGCUGGGGACGCACCGAUCUCUUCAACAAGUACUUCAUUAAUACGCACAGCCCCGUCAAACUGAAGCUGCGCAUACCCUAUGUGUCCAGCGAGAACUGCAGCAAGAUGCUGGAUCUGUAUGGUGUGCGUCUGGGGCCCAAACAGCUCUGUGCCGGCGGCGAGAAGGCUAAAGACACCUGCGCCGGUGACAGCGGCGGUCCACUCAUGUUCUUCGAUCGCCAGCAUUCGCGCUGGGUGGCUUACGGCAUUGUUAGCUACGGAUUCACCCAAUGCGGCUCCGGCCCUGGCGUCUAUACAUCUGUGCUGAGCUAUAUUAACUGGAUCGAGAGUAUAAUUAAGACAUAGAGACGGAGUAAAGAAAGGGGAGGAAUAGAGACAGGGAAAGCGAGGAAGGUAGAGAUGAAAAUGAAAUGUAAAACGUUGAAGUCAAAUUCUGCCUUAAGCCUAUUUCAAGGGAACAAUAACUGAAUCGAGAGCAUUAUUAAGCUAUAGAAAAAGAGUCAGAGAGAAGGGCGACAGGCAGAGAGGGAGAGAGGGGAAAGGCUGGUACGUUGACGUCAACUUACCUUCGGAAGACAUUUCAAUUAGCCAACAGCUCGAUUGAGAAUAUUAUAGAGCCAUAGAGAGAGAGGGAGAACGCAACAGAGGGAGAGGAAGAAAAGUAGAGAUAGAGGGAAAUGCUAAGCGUUGACGUCAGAUUUCCCUUUUUCGUUACUGGAUCGAGAGCCAUAUUAAGUCAUAGAGACGAGGAUGGAAUGUGAAGUGUUGACGUCAGAUCUGCAAUAACAGUUGGCGCCUAGCCGAAAGGGGUGCGGGGGCGGAACCGUUGGGCAUUGGACUGAACUGUUUCUAAAUAUUUGUACAUAUUUUGCUAAUUAUCUAACGGUAAAUUAGUGUGAG